CGCGAUUAUCCCACUGUCAAACCACGUCGCUUUGUCACCUACCUACUACCCAACUCGCUCAUGGCAUCCCUCAAGAUCUCCGUUGGUGACACUCUUCCAAAGGGCACCUUCGGUACUAUUCCUUUCACAGAAGAGUUAGCUGAUCAUUCGGCAUGUGGUAUUCCCACCAACCUCUCUACUGACAGUUGGAAGGGCAAGAAGGUUGUGCUCUUCUCAGUGCCUGGUGCUUUCACCCCAACCUGUCACAUCAACCACCUCCCGCCCUACCUUGCCAAGUACAACGAGUUUAAAGCCAAGGGUGUCGAUGUUAUCGCUGUCAUCGCUGCCAAUGAUCCGUUCGUCCUGAGCGGAUGGGGACGUGUUGAAGGACUGACAGACAAGAUAAUCACCCUCUCUGACCCCAAUGCCGCGUGGUCAGGCAGCCUGGGAUUAAGUGUCGACCUCUCAGGGCGCGGAUUCGGAAUCCGUACUGCACGAUACGCCAUGAUCAUAGAUGACUUGGUUAUCAAAUACGUCGAGGUCGAGCCUGGCCUCGGAGUGACUGUUUCUGGUGCUGACGCCGUAUUGGCCAAGUUGUGAUCGAAGGUAUCGUUUUUUGUUUGCGUAUUUAACGCUUACAUCUGUGAAGCUGCCUCAUUGGAAUGAGCAGACACUCUAAGUAGGUACUUGCUGGCAUUGUGUGUACAUCAAUAAAUCAAUAGAGUGAAGAAGAAUAUGUUUACCUGUC